UGCAAUCUCCCUCGAUACGGUGGAUGUUGUUCCGCGCGUAAAGACGCGGUACGCUAUAGCGCGUUUCGGCUUCGAGCGUGGAGAAAUGUGGGAUGCGUAGGUUUUGCUCAUUUCACAAUGUGUUAUAAAAAAUAAACUUUACGCGCCCAGACGCGCGUUGCCGAGCGCAGCUGGUGGGCAAGAAGAAACUGAUCAUUACGUUAUAAGGACUAAAGCGCCUGCAGGACUUUGACCUGUUUGCUGUACACUAGAUGAAAGCACUUAACUCGGGAGUUUGGAGCCUAAUAACGCUCAAUAAUUGAACUAAAGGCUAUCAUCGAAACUGUCCCUCCCGGGAACGAGAGGACGGUCAGGAGAUGUUCUCUUCGGACGCGCUUAUCUUUCUCUUUAGGAUGUAAUGGCACAUUUCAGAUUGUUGAGAGGAGACAUUAAGUGUGUUGUCAGAAUUACUAAAACAUGUUCAUGGAAAGAUUGUUACCUGGAAGGAAGGAGUCUAUGAUCACUUGAUAUAAACCAACACCAACUAACUGCGGAGGAGGCGGAACAAUGCCAGACUCCGCCUUCUCUCCACCAGUUCCACCAAUCACUGCUCUGAACUGUUCCUUGGACAUAUCGAAUUGCUCUUUCGCUAACCUCUCCACAAUCUCAUAUGGCGACGAGUGCUACGGCAGCCACUCUUUGUUUGUUGUGAUGGCCAUUGCCUACAGUGCUGUGGUACUUUUGGGGGUCGUCGGCAACCUGGCUCUCAUCCUUGUCAUCGCACGGCAGCGGGAACUUCACAACGUCACAAACGUCCUAAUCGCAAACCUCUCUGUUUCGGACCUGCUGAUGUCCCUAGUGUGUCUGCCGUUCACCUUCAUCUACACCUUCAUGGACCACUGGGUGUUCGGCGCAGUCAUGUGUAAACUCAACAGCCUGGUCCAGUGCUGCUCCGUCUCGGUGUCCAUCUUCUCUCUGGUUCUGAUCGCCAUUGAGAGGCACCAGCUCAUCCUGCACCCUCGCGGAUGGAGGCCGAGCUUGAACCACGCCUGUCUGGGCAUCAGCCUCACCUGGGCCCUGGCCGCCCUCACCGCCACACCCUUUCUGUUGUUCUCCAGGGUGACAGACGCCCCGUUGAAGCAGCUGCCCUCGGUCUUUCAGGAGCAGUACAGGGGAAAGGUGGUGUGUGUGGAGGAGUGGCCCUCUAGAGAAAUCAAGCUCACCUACACCACUGGCAUGCUGGUGCUGCAGUACAUCACUCCUCUCACCUUCAUCUUCAUCUGUUACUUGAAGAUCUACACACGUCUGCAGCGGCGUAAUAACAUGAUGGACAGGAUCCGUGAAAACAAAUACCGCAGCAUUGAGACUAAACGGAUCAACAUCAUGCUCUUUUCUAUUGUGGUGGCAUUCGCGGUUUGCUGGCUCCCGUUGAACGUCUUUAACGCCGUCAUCGACUGGAACCACGAAGUGGCCAUGAACUGUACCCACAAUCUCCUGUUCUCGCUGUGUCACUUGACUGCGAUGUGCUCUGUCUGCAUAAACCCGGUGUUCUACGGGUUCCUAAACCGCAACUUCCAGCGUGACCUCCGGGCCUUUCGACUCUGCAAGAUUGUGUCAGCGCGGGAGAACGAAUAUGACAUGGUUGCAAUGUCGACUAUGCACACGGAUGUGUCCAAGAUGUCACUGAAAAUUAGUAGCCUAGAUCUCUAGUGCAGUUCUGUAAAGGAUACUCGCGUCUGCGUUCUGAAAAAUGCAUCUCUUUAGAGCUAGUUCAAAAGUGUGCGUUUAUAAUAAGAGUGAUUGUUAGCAGAUGUGACCAUUGAUGCCGGGGCUGUUGCUGCAAAUGUUUUCCGAAAUGUAAAAUUGUACGUCGAGCGAGGAUGCUGAAUGCAUUUCUUGCAAACUUCCAGUGUCCCGCGUCAGUGAGGCCUCGUUGGUUCAGACGGGUGGACUGAGCUUUGAUCACUAAGAUGAAAUCUUCCUGCUGCGUGUUUGACUUAGUACGAAGAAAGCAGAAAUGAAAAUGAAUGCAAAGCCCAAGAGGUCACGAAUUCAAAGAUGGAUUUAAAUGUAUAAUGAAUGUCAGAUGCGACUUUUAAGAGGAACUCUGAACUGUUUCCGUGCUGGAUUAAAUUUUUUGUAUUUUUCUUUAGUGUUGAAACCAAAACUAAAUUGAUUUUCUUCUACUUACUUAUUCCUUUGACAAACCAAGCCUGCGGGAAGUAAAAGCCUGUUUUUAAAAGGCAUUCGCGUGGACUGCAAUUUGCAAGUGACCUGACAUUGUUCAUUUUCAAAGAGACUUUGCGAUUUCUGAUGUCACGAGUGACAGGGACUGUUGGCGAUGUGACAAAGCUGUGCAGAGCAUCACGGCAACCUCCAGCCAUUUAAAUGCUGUCAGUGUGAACAAGGCUGUUGUGCUAUUGCUCACAGUGGUUUAUUUUAAACCAGGGUGUCCGGUCCUACUUCUUGAAGGCCAGUGUCCUGCAGAGUUUAGAUCUAUACCAGAAUUAAACCAGAAUUAAAACACACCAGAACCGAACAAUCGAGGUCUUUAGAAAGGAUUGGGUAACCCUUCUUAAACAGUUUUAUUUGUCUGCAUUUUGUUACUUUAAAUCUGUAUCAGACACAAACAAACAAAUAGGAAUGUGUCAGUAUAGUUUAAUAAAUGUACAUCUUCGGUGAUGCAUAAUGAUUGUAAUUGAUGCUUUGCUAUUUCUAAUUGACAUUAAUUACCUCUAUUAUGUAAUGUGAUGUACUAUUGCUUAUUGACAGAUUUGUAGUAUAUUUUUGACAUUUAGUCCUUCAUUAAAAAUGUUUUGCCAAUGUAAUGCCUUUACCAGUUGUUUUAUGCUGUUGUCAUUGCAGUUUUAGUUUUUAGAGUGUCAUAAAUGUGUAGUAGUAAAAUACAUGUGAUAUUCACCCUCAGAAAUGACUAAAUGAUAAAUAGAAGGCCACCGAAGUGGUUAUCAAGCUCCUCUAUUUCUGAGCAGGCUAUCAUGUGCUGCUGUUGGGAUUUUGCCAACAUCAGUGAUUGAUCCGUUCUAAAUUACCACAACAGCGUAAUCACGAAAAGAUCAACCCAGCACAAAAGAGUCCCAGAUUACAAAGCAAUGCAGUUAUAGAGAUUUGCUUUGGCGUGAUUAUGUUCGUGCGUGGUAGGUCACUGUGCUUUUUGUGUACAGAAUGUUCCAUACACUGUAUACGUAAUAACUGUUUCAUUCGCUGAAGAUAUUUUUUAAUCUUUUCGGAUUUCAGAUUUCUAUUUUUCCAUGUUUGUUCAUUUUAGCCUUUUUUUGUUGCAAAAAGUACACUGUGUGUCUUAAAUAUAGAGCGCAAUACUGAAAACACCUUUCAAACCAUAUUCUAUAUCCUACCAUUAAUUCUUUUAUACAGUUUAAAUUCGCUUUUUUUAGUAUUAUUACUUAGAUUUUUAUGUAGUUGCCAUUAACAUUUGCUGGUGCAAAGAAGUGAGCAUAAAUGCAUCUCUUUAAAAGGAAGAAGCGUUUCUUGUUUACUUUCAGUGUUAGAGAAAGCUCUUUAACUUCCCACAAGAGCUUAGCGACACAGGGCCAGAAUUGGAGCAACAAAAAUAUCACAACACAAGCAAACACGUUUGACAGAUUUAUUUAUUUAUUUAUUUUGAAGUGUAAGUGAGCGCCGAUGCUCUUGCCGCCAUUAUAGGGAAUCAAGGGGGAAUAGUGUGCUGGGAAAAUAACAAGCGAAAUAAUUAAAUAUGUAUUUCCAGAACCUGCUGUUUUCGUACUCAAUAUUCCAACUGUCUGUUAUCCGUUCUUGUAAUAUUUGAAAGGAGCUGUACGGCGUUUUUUUACUUGAAUGGAAUAUUUUUUAGCCAGUGUGGAUAUCCUGUGGACUCUGCAGUGAUGUUCUACUUUUUAUAUUGCUCAUAUCAUGCUUUCUCUAUGGCAGUUUUUCAUGAUUUCUGUCAUCGUCUCUUUGUUUGAUUUAGACACAUCGAGUCUAAUAAGAUGUUCCGCAGUGCGCAAAAUCAUCCAUGUUUGCUUCACUGAGUGCAGUGAUCUUUUCUCUCUGAUAGGGAAUUAUACCUCUGACGCGACCUUUCUUUGUAGUAUGACGAACAAUAAAAAUAUAAUGUAAA